AUGCUAAAGGAGUAUGGAGGUUUGGGUGUUAGGCAGUUGAGGGAGUUUAAUGAGGCGUUGUUGGGAAAGUUGUGUUGGAGUUUGUUAGUUGAUCGAGAGGGUUUGUGGUAUCGGGUUUUGAUAGCUAGAUAUGGUGAGGAGGAUGAGAGGUUGGAGGAUGGGGGCCGGAGUGGUUCUAUUUGGUGGAAGGAGGUUGUGAAGAUUAGGGAUGGGGUUGGGGCUGGCGCAAGUGGGUGGUUUGAGGGUUGUGUUGUGCGACGUGUGGGAGAUGGGGUGGAUACUCUUUUUUGGCAUGAUCGUUGGUGUGGUGAUGUUCCAUUUUGA